AUGCCCGGCGCCAGCACAAAACGCGCGCGCAGCGACGACGAUCAGCAGCCCUCCCCCGACGAACCCGCACCCUCACCUCCCAAGCGUAUGCAAACAAGAAAGUCGAAGACGCUCGAGUCGCGGAAAUUAGAAAAGAAUUACCACAGUGACGAUGACGAUGAGACAUCCUCCGACGAGCCAACCUCAUCUUCGGGUUCCUCGGUAGAUUCUUCCGACGACGGCAGCGACGACGACGAAGAGGAUGAACAGGAAACAAGAGAUCAAGAAGAAAGAGAAGACAGUGGCGCAAUUCCAUCCAUCGCUGCCCGGCAAAAACCUCGGAUACACCGCAUCGAGAAAGACAAUGGCAUUAUGUCCCGGUUAACGGCGUUUUUGCCGCAAAUGAAAAGUGCAAAUGAGCAUUUGGAGAGGGAACUUGCUGCUGGUCGGGGUAAGGAGCUUCAGGUGGAUGGUGUAGAUGAGGAGGGUGAAGGGAGAUAUAUUGAAAUGAACCUAGGCCUGGGUGUUCUAGAAGAGAAACGGUCGGAUGAUGAGUCGAGUGAUGAUGAGGACGAGAGCCCUGAAAAUGAAGAAGGAAAGCAGCUCCCGACAGAGCUCCCCAGCCGGCCAAAAGAUCCGAGCGUGCUGGGUAAAUUGAUGGGCGUGAAAAAGGACGAGGAGUCGAAAAAGCCUACGAUUGAGGAAAUGAACGAGUAA